GGGAGGUGGCAGUUGUCCCUCCGGGCUGCCGUAUCCCUCAAUGUCCCUGGCAGACUUCCCUGGUUGUUCUCCCACUGCCUCCCUCUUCCAGUUGCUCCCUGGUCUUGUGGGGGAAGGGACUAAAGAGGCUGAUGCUUUGUGCCACCUCCUCACCCCCUGCACUGUUCAAGCAGCUCCUCUCCACUGCUGCCUCUUCGCCUCCAUUCCCAGCCUGGGAGCGCAGGGCAGGUCAGAGGAGGGAGCGUGAGGCUGUCGCCUGCCUCCUCUUGCCCCCCCUCACUCACAGCUCUGGGGCCCUUCCUGCCCGUGUCCCUGCUCCUGGGAAUGGGGCAGCCCCCCCAGGGGGGCCAAGGAGCAGGAGCGGCUGCCGAUGCCAGGCUGUGGAGCUGUGCCCCAUCUGUGCUCGGCCUCCAGGGCCCAGAGCAGAGGCAGCUCCUGGGCCCAGGACAGUCCCAGGCAGGACGGGGAGGUGGGGAGGGGGAGGAACGGCCCCGCCUGCCCCCGGGCUGAGCUCUGCCCUGACGCUGCGAUUCUCUCUGCCAGCGACGGUGACUCUGGAUCCAGACAAGGCUCAUCCCUGUCUCACUGUGUCUGCAGAUGGGAGAAGUGUGAGAUGGGCAGGAACAUGGCAGGAUCUGCCCAACAAUCCUGAGAGAUUUGACUCUGAGCUCUGUGUGCUGGGCUGUGAGGGAUUCACCUCCGGGAGACACUGCUGGGAGGUGGUUGUGGAAGAGGGGGUCUGGGCCAUGGGGGUGGCCAAAGAGUCCAUGAGGAGGAAGGGAGAAAUCAGUUUUAUCCCCGAAGAGGGGAUCUGGGCUGUGCUGUGCUGUGGGGGUCAGUUCCAGGCUCUCACGGCCCCUGCUCCCACCCGCCUGUCUCUGCGCUGGGUGCCCAGGGGGGUGCGGGUGUAUCUGGACUGUGCAGGGGGGCAGGUGUCGUUUCUUGAUGCUGACACAGGGGCCCCGAUCUUCACCUUCCCGCCGACCUCAUUCACUGGGGACACAAUCCGGCCCUGGCUCUGCCUCCAUUUCAGUGUUUUCAAUCCAUUCUGUUUUGGUUCAGUCCAGCUCAGUCUCUGCCCCUGAGCCAGGCAUGAGAUGUUGCCCAGCAAAUGAUCAUGUGGGUGUCUCUGGCCUUUUUCUAAUUGCUCUCUCUGACCAUGGAGGACUCCUUUCUGCUCAGCCCUUCCUCCCUCUCUCGGACCCAGGUGAUCUCUCUGCUCUUAGAAGAAGCCCAGGCUGUGUCUGUACGGACCACCCCUGCCACUGCUGCAGGGUCCCAAGGUGUAACAGGACUUGGGCCCCAGGGACAGCCGUGACACGUCCUGGUGGCCACAGGGCUCCUGUUCUGCUCCAGCUCUAGGGUGCCCUCCCUUUUUUUUCAUCAGCACACCCUUGUUAGAAGAGCUGAGGUAGGAAAAGGGAAGCUGCCCCCAGGGGUCCUAGUGCAAACCCUGGUCUGGCUACCUGCUCGCGGAUACUUCUCACACCCCACUGAUCUUACCCCAUGCUUUACAUUAAGUGGGCCCUCCUGACCUGUACACACCACCCAGAACACCAAAUGCCUCAUGGGCUGUUCACAGCCUCCAACCUCACAGGUGUUACCACAUAUCCAUUAGAGGACAGUCACCCCCAGUCUCUGCUCCAGUCAUUUAGGCCUCUUAAGCCUUUAUCAAUCUCUGCUAAUUUUUAGGCUCAGGCCUCUUAUACGUUAUCAUACUCUACAACUUUUUGGGCUCAGGCUUCUUUGCCUUUCUCAAUCUCCACCCCUCUUGGGCCCUGGUCUUGCCACUCUUAGGUGCUGGGCCCCAGCCCUAUCUCUUGGCUCUAUCUCUCUCUCUUGCCCUCUCUCCAGCUGAGCCUCUGGCCCUGGUUCUUGUCCUCUCAGGCUAUGGCUGCUUUUGUCUUGUCCCUAGCAGGUUCAAGCCUUGUCUCCUCCGGCACCCGGGAACCUCCAGUCCCUUUUCGGUCCACUGGUAAUAGCCACCACAAAAGAAGCACCCCACUGGCUUGAAGAAAAAGUCAAAUCACACUGGCAGCAUAACCAAAAUACCUCUCAUCCUGGGCCUUAGUUCCUUGUAAGCCUUCAGCCCAUUCUCACAGUCCCUGUAGCCACAAGGUCUAAUCUAGCACCUCAAGCCACAGCCAUCUUGAUCCAGAGCUCCUUCCCUGGCAGCCUUCAGGGCCAGACUGCCUGCCCUGUCUCAAGCCCUGUGUUUUUAUGCCUCCCAGGUACUGCCCCUUUUUGGAUAGGUGACUUUCCUUGGCUGGUCACAGGUAUUCUUCAAUUGGGCUUGCUGGCUUAACUGUGUGACAGCAUACUGCCUGUUGCCCAGCUGCCGCAGCAGUGCCUUGCUUCCCCUGCAGGGUUUUGCUCAGCUGUAUUAUUGCAGAGCAUUUAGUUCUGCAAUGAACCGCUUACAGCUUACAAUCCCUUAGGAAGCUGCUCUUUUGAAGCUCCUAAGGAGCAGCCUUCCCCAUAUGAGACUCUCCACACAGUUGUUUCCCACUUAUAAAAUAAGGGGAGCCCACUCAUAAAGUAAGGCUCCCUAUUACACAAGGUUCUCAUGCUCUGUGGUUCUAGAGGACUCCAGCAGUGAUGUCCCUUGUAAUAAGCCCCCAGCUCUGGAGCAUCAGUCUGUCUCUGCCCAGAGCAGCCCAGGGCUGGGGGCUCUCUGCAAAGUGCCUCUGGGCAUCCUCUGGCCAGGGAGGGCCCAGCUGGGGAUGACUUCCUUGGUGGAAGGAGGACACUCAUAUCUUUGGAUGAAGUAGGAGACUGAGCCGGAGAAAGGCUGUGGGGUCUUCCAAGAGGUUAGUGGGCUGCUUGUUGCCUCUGAAAGCUGGUCCAAGUUAGAAGGCAGCAGUGCGGUGUUUCAGUUUCGUUUCUGUUUGCCUCUCUGCAAGUGGAAUCGUUGUCCUGUGUUUUGUCUUCUGCAAUAAACCAAUUCCCACCUUACAGUUUGUGUUGUGAUAAGAGUGAUUUAGUGGCAGCUGGCAGCAGCAGGUUUCACUGCUCAUACAAAGAAGGCACACCUAUUUUUGCAAGCCUAUAGAAGCCAAAUGCUUGUUGGUUCUCCACUAAGCUGGCAGGCCUGGCCAGGGUGCUGGUCAGAUUGAGUCUUGCUAAGCAGAGAGGAAUCUCCCAUGAGCAAAACCCAGUCUCAAUCUCAAGAUAGAGCAGGACACUGGGUAGAGAGGUCUUUGUCCUGUAGUUGACCACCAAGCCAGUAUGGGGUUAGUCACAGUCCCCUGCGCUAGACUUGCCCAGAGCCAAAAAGCUGAGGUCCAGACCUGAGGGGACUUUGAAUCUGCAGUGUGAAGCCCUCUUGCCUGGUCUCAGCUGGCCACCUGCUACAGGCUAUUAAGGUUUUAGGCCUUAGAAUAUUUACUAUUAAUUAUUCUCUGAUGUGAAUGAUCCUGUUAUUGCUUAAGGUAAAAGAGCAUUUUAUUGUUCUUAGGCAUUGGCUUCACAUGCCUCAUGUGUACUGCUUUGCUGUUUCUGCAGCUGUAUUUUUCUCUGCCAUUAGCUGUAUUUCAGAGUUUAAAAACUCUUUUCUUGAGCCCUUGAUUUUUGUGGUCCUGAUUCCUGGAACCUUCUUUGGCUCCCAGAAGCAUGUAGGAGUCAACACCCUACUGCAGGGCUUGGCAGCCUGUGACUGGUGAGAGGGCUCAAUGCAGCUCACGAAGAGGUCCAGUCCUGCCUGCCGAGGUCUGAUGCUGCCUGGGGGAUUGGUGGUGUAGAGCUGCAUUGGGAUGCGUGCCCCCUCUGCAGCAUCAACCUCUGCUUCAUGUGCACUUAUUCUCCUGGAAGUGAGGUUGAGGAUUAACAGCAAGGCUGAGCACAGGCAGCUCGCCACUCCAGUGGUGAGAGGCUGGUGCCCGCCCCUGGGGCCAGGCUGUAAAGGGCGGCUUGCACCAACAAAAGGUUUCCCCCCUGCCCUACAGAGACACCAGCUCAUCAGCACUACAGCACAGGAGAGCCAGGGCACUAUGGCCCUGGAACCAGGCCUAUCUCUAUUAUAGAAAUAAAGUUUGGAUGUUUUCAGUUUACCCAGGAUGUGUGGCCUUGCUGUUUUCCUGCCUGGGUAAGGCACCCUGUCUGCUUCUGAAGGGUGAGAAACCUGUGUAUGAGACCCAGUCUUUUAAAAGUCAAUUAACCCUUGCUGCUAUAGCCAUUAUUCUAAUGCAGCGGUUCCCAGUCUGUGGUACGGGUACCACCAGUGGUAUGCAGGCAACCUGUUAGUGCAGGGGUGUCCAACCUUUUUGAAUGUGGGGCCGGAUCACGAACUUUUUAUCACCCAAUGGGCCAGCAAGCCAUAUUCACGACGUCACAGGAAGUGAUGUCAUAUGACCUUUGACACCAGUGAAGUUGCAGGGGUUGACAUGGUGCUGGUUGACAAGGCAUGCAUGCCCAGGUUGACAAGGUGCUGCAGGAGCCACUUGGCUACAACCGGGUUGACCUGGUGCUGGAGAAGCCACGGGGCCAGGC